CUAGGCAGCCGGCUGAGGGAGAGCCGCUCUGUCUCUUCAGCCGGUGCCUCGGCAGCCACUUGUGGAGACAGGAGGCUGGAGCCUCUGCUGGGGCAUGAGCCGGAGGUUCACGGUCACGGCCCUGCCCCGGGAGGAGGGGGCCCCCUGCCAAGAGGCGGCUGCAGCUCUCCGUGGAGAUGCCGCCCCCCUGCAAGGGGCCCAGCCUGGCAGCCACUCCCGAGAAGACAGCAAAGGUGAUGGCAACCCCAAGGAGAGCAGCCCCUUCAUCAACAGCACAGACCUGGAGAAGGGCAAGGAGUAUGACGGGAAGAACAUGGCCCUCUUCGAGGAAGAGAUGGACACCAGCCCCAUGGUCUCGUCCCUGCUGAGUGGCCUCGUGAACUACACCAACCUGCCACAGGGCAGCCGAGAGCAUGAGGAGGCGGAGAACAACGACGGGGCCAAAAAGAAACCUGUACAGGCUCCACGGAUGGGCACUUUCAUGGGCGUUUACCUGCCCUGCCUGCAAAACAUCUUCGGGGUGAUCCUCUUCCUGCGCCUCACCUGGGUGGUGGGAAUUGCUGGCAUCAUGGAGUCAUUCUGCAUGGUCAUCCUUUGCUGCUCCUGCACGAUGCUGACGGCCAUUUCCAUGAGUGCCAUCGCUACAAACGGCGUUGUGCCAGCGGGUGGCUCCUACUACAUGAUCUCGCGCUCUCUGGGGCCCGAGUUCGGCGGGGCCGUGGGGCUGUGCUUCUACCUGGGCACCACCUUCGCGGGAGCCAUGUACAUCUUGGGCACCAUCGAGAUCCUUCUGGCCUAUAUCUUCCCCGCCAUGGCCAUUUUCAAGGGAGAGGAUGCCAGCGAGGAGGCCGCGGCCAUGCUCAACAACAUGCGUGUCUAUGGCACCUGUGUGCUCACCUGCAUGGCCACUGUGGUGUUCGUCGGGGUCAAGUAUGUCAACAAGUUUGCCUUGGUUUUCCUGGGCUGCGUCAUCCUCUCCAUCCUGGCCAUCUACGCUGGGGUCAUCAAAUCCGCCAUCGACCCCCCCAGCUUCCCGGUCUGUUUGCUGGGUAACAGGACACUGUCACGCCACGGCUUCGACAUCUGUGCCAAGCUGGUGCUGGAAGGGAAUGAGACAGUGGGCUCCAAGCUGUGGGAGCUGUUCUGCACCUCCAAAUUCCUCAACGCCACCUGUGACGAGUACUUCCUGAGGAACAACGUGACCGAGAUCCAGGGCAUCCCGGGCGCUGCCAGUGGGCUCAUCAAAGAGAAUCUCUGGAGCACGUACCUGACCAAGGGGGUGAUUGUGGAGAAGCAGGGGGUGACCUCGGUGUCGCUCGUGGACCCCGUUAUCGACAUGGACCAGCCCUACGUCUUCAGCGACAUGACCUCAUACUUCACCUUGCUGGUGGGCAUCUACUUCCCGUCCGUCACAGGUAUAAUGGCCGGCUCCAACAGAUCAGGAGACCUGCGCGAUGCUCAGAAAUCCAUCCCCACAGGGACCAUCCUGGCCAUCGCCACAACGUCUGCUGUCUACAUCAGCUCCGUGAUUCUCUUCGGCGCCUGUAUCGAGGGGGUCGUCCUCCGUGACAAGUUUGGAGAGGCUGUCAAUGGGAAUCUGGUGGUUGGCACCCUCGCCUGGCCGUCUCCAUGGGUGAUUGUCAUUGGAUCCUUCUUCUCCACAUGUGGGGCAGGUCUGCAGAGCCUCACAGGAGCCCCCCGCCUCCUCCAGGCCAUCUCCCGGGACGGCAUCGUCCCCUUCCUGAGGGUCUUCGGCCACGGCAAAGCCAACGGGGAGCCCACCUGGGCUCUGCUCCUCACCGCCUGCAUCUGCGAGAUCGGGAUCCUCAUCGCCUCCCUGGAUGAGGUCGCCCCCAUCCUCUCCAUGUUCUUCCUGAUGUGCUACAUGUUUGUCAACCUGGCGUGCGCGGUGCAGACGCUGCUGAGGACACCCAACUGGCGGCCCCGGUUCCGGUAUUACCACUGGACACUCUCCUUCCUGGGCAUGAGCCUCUGCCUGGCCCUGAUGUUCAUCUGCUCCUGGUACUACGCACUUGUGGCCAUGCUCAUCGCUGGCCUCAUCUACAAGUACAUCGAAUACAGGGGAGCGGAGAAGGAGUGGGGCGAUGGCAUCCGAGGGCUCUCGCUCAGUGCGGCCCGCUACGCUCUGCUUCGGCUGGAGGAGGGUCCCCCGCACACCAAGAACUGGAGGCCUCAGCUGCUGGUUCUGGUCCGAGUGGAUCAGGAGCAGAACGUGGUGCACCCGCAGCUCCUGUCUCUCACCUCGCAGCUCAAAGCCGGCAAGGGGCUGACAAUUGUGGGCUCUGUGCUGGAAGGGACCUUCCUGGAGAAUCACCUGCAGGCCCAGCGGGCGGAGGAGUCCCUGCGCCGCCUGAUGGAAGCUGAGAAGGUGAAAGGCUUCUGCCAGGUCGUGAUCUCGUCCAACCUGCGGGAUGGCAUGUCCCACCUCAUCCAGUCCAGUGGGCUCGGGGGGCUGCAACACAACACGGUGCUGGUGGGGUGGCCACGCAACUGGCGGCAGAAGGAAGAUCACCAGACCUGGAGGAACUUCAUUGAGCUGGUGCGGGAGACCACGGCCGGCCACCUGGCCCUGCUGGUCACCAAGAAUGUUGCCAUGUUCCCGGGCAACCAAGAGCGGUUCUCUGAGGGCCACAUUGACGUCUGGUGGAUCGUCCACGAUGGGGGGAUGCUGAUGCUGCUGCCCUUCCUGCUGCGGCACCAUAAGGUUUGGCGUAAAUGUAAGAUGCGCAUCUUCACGGUGGCGCAGAUGGACGAUAACAGCAUCCAGAUGAAGAAGGACCUGACGACAUUCCUGUACCACCUGCGCAUCACGGCCGAGGUGGAGGUGGUGGAGAUGCAUGAGAGCGACAUCUCGGCCUACACCUACGAGAAGACCCUGGUGAUGGAACAGCGCUCGCAGAUCCUCAAGCAGAUGCACCUCACCAAGACAGAGCGGGAGCGAGAGAUCCAGAGCAUCACGGACGAGUCCCGCGGCUCCAUCCGGCGCAAGAACCCUGCCAACACCCGGCUGCGGCUGAGCGUCCCAGAGGAGCAGGUGGGCGACAGUGAGGAGAAGCCGGAGGAGGAGGUGCAGCUCAUCCACGAUAAGAACGCCACGGCCUUCUCCAGCAGGCCCCAGUCGCCCGGUGAUGAGGUGGAGACAGCCCCUGAGAAGGUGCAUCUCACCUGGACCAAGGAAAAGUCUGUUGCGGAGAAGAACAAGAGCAAGAGCCCCGUCAGCCCCGAAAGCAUCAAGGACUUCUUCAACAUGAAGCCGGAGUGGGAGAACCUGAACCAGUCCAAUGUGCGGAGGAUGCACACAGCCGUCAAGCUUAACGAGGUCAUUGUCAAGAAGUCGCAGAACGCCAAGCUGGUCCUGCUGAACAUGCCAGGCCCACCCCGCAACCGGAAGGGGGAUGAGAACUACAUGGAGUUCCUGGAGGUGCUGACGGAGCACCUGGACCGGGUCAUGCUGGUGCGCGGAGGGGGCCGGGAAGUCAUCACCAUCUACUCCUGAAACACGACUGCUGCCUGAAGUUACUGUGCCCCCGGAGAGACCCCCCCACCGACCUCUUUGCGCCUGGCUCCCGGGGGGCAGGAGGGCGGUCCCGCUCGUGCUUGGUGCUCAGAGACUUUGCCGUGCCCCCACCCGCUCCAUUCGAACUGCAGCCCCAGAGGUUCCAGGAGCAACCAGCACCCGCGCCGCUGUCCCCCAUCGCUCCGGCACAGCCCUGCGGUGGCUGUUGAUGUAGAAAUAGAGACGGGAGCCCGGAGCCCCAGCCCCAGGCCUGCAGCAUUUUGCCACCGCCCCGGCCUCCGUGCGGGGCAGGAAGCGGGGCUGGCCAGGCUCUCAGUCAGUGCUUCCUUGGAGCCCCCGGAGGGCUGGCGUGGGUGCACCGGCCCCUCGGGACUAGGCUCUCCACCCCUCGCUCUGCUACAUUAGGACACGCUGAGGUUUGUGGGACACGUCUGCUGCCCUGCCCCGCCUGCUGACGUGUCCUUUGGCGCCUGUGCGCCUGGGCCAGGCCACCGCAUGCUCGCCUCGCCAGCCGCGCCUCACCCCACCACUCACACGUGCCCUGCAGUGCCAGCCACAGGCCCCUCGCCAAGUAGGCUCAACAGAGCGCAGCCCCUGCUGCUGCCCGCUGCCGGCGCCUGGGAACCACAGCCACGCUCUGCGGCCCCCGGGCGCUGGUUCGGACGGACGAGUGCUGCGCAGGGAAGAGGCAGGUCCUGCAGACGUCGGCGCGAAGGACAGCGCCACGCUGCCCUUGUCGUGAGGCCACCUGGAUGUGCCGGCUGGGUGAGAGGGGCCUGGCAGGGGCUGCAUCCCGGCGCAGGAGGGGGGUAGCGGGGACAUGGACUUCAAGUGUUUCUCCUUCACCCCAGCCCCCGCUCAGCACAGGGGCGCGCGGCUGGUGUGGCCUGGUUCCAUCCCUGCUGCAGGGCCUGGGCACUGCCAGGCGCGCUCCCUGCACGCUGCCCACACGCGCCGCCCAGCCCUGGGAACGCAGGGGCCCGGGCCCUGCACGGCCACGCUGCCCAGCAGCUCCUGGCGGGAGGCCUGCGGCCUGUGUCCCUCCCCCCCCAUGCACGAAGAGCUGGAACGCAGCCUCCCUGGGCCCCUGCUGCAGCCUUGUGCCCCCUGCGUCCCCUCCCCCACGGCAACCUCCUCAAGGCCAUCUUGCUGCUUCAGGGGCUGCUGGGUGAAGACUGCAGGCACUGAAAGUUUAUAAAUAUGCAAAUCAGCUCAAUCCCCCCCCCGGCCCCCCCCGUACCAGCAGCAGGGCACUGACACUCCACAUCUGGGAUGCAGCCUCCCCAGGUCACAUGGGCCCAUGAGCAGCUCUGCAAGGAGCCCAGCUGCACCCGCGCACAUGGCUGUGGGCUUGUUUGGACACGUCAAACCUUGGUCCCAGCCCCCCCCGAGACCCCCCUCAGCAUCUCUCACUUUACUGAGAAACUGGGGCGCUUUUAACCAAUGUGAAUAGUUCUAGGAACCGCAGUGGGCGUGGAGGCCGGGAGGGCAGAGGGCUCGCCCAGCCCGGGCGCCUGCCCAGCUGUAUAUAAUGUACAUAAUAUUGUAUGUGUAUUUUUAAAGUGAUCAUAUUUAUGUUCAUAGACCCAGAUGAAGAAUAGCGAGAGAGAUCUAGCUCUAUGCUGAGAGAUGCAAGGAGUCGCUAGCGCCAGUGAAUUCUGGCUCCGGCUUUUAGACUCCGUCUGGGGCCCAGGCCCAAGGGCUCCAAGGUUUUGCUGAGGCUGCUCCCUCUGGAGAGGGCGGCUUUUCCUUGUCGCUCACGUGCAGGGGUGAAGGCUGCAGCGUCCCUGGCCUAUGGCACGUCCCGGGGGGAGGGCCAGCUCGUGGGGUCAUUCUCUUUGAAUUUUGCUGCUUAGUCUUUUCAGGGAAAAGAAGUUACAGAAUUUUCUGAAUUUGCUUCACAGCAGACUUGAGCUUCCAAUUUGAGUGCAGCCUGCUCCGGCGGGCCCUCUCCCCAAGCCGAGAGGGAGCAGCUUUACCACUCAGAUGUGUGGCCCAGAGCUGAUCCCAGCCCACCUCUUCUUAGCCGCCAUAAACUCCACCCGUUGCAGCGCUGGGAAUGGGCCCGUGCAGAUACCACUGGGGCAGCCCUGUACCUUCUGCAGGUGGGAGAUGGCAGUUCAGAGGCCCAUGGCUUGAUACAAGUAAGGGCUAACGGCCACAGCUGACAUGUCUCCUACAAUGAAUCCCCUUGGAGAAGGCAGCUGGGCCCCUUCUCACAGACAGUGCUGGCUCCCCAUAGCCCCCCUUCCUUUCCUCUCACGCUGCCCUUGCUCAUUGCUCUCUAGGGAAGAGCAUCCAGUGCCCAGCAGCUGCUCCCACAGAGGUGCCAGCCCUCAACUUCCUUCCCACUGAAGCUGCGACAGAGGGAACAAGUCUUCUGUAGGCACUUGCCCUAAAUCCUCCUCCAGUGGGCCCUUGGCAUCACCCCCCCCCCUUCCAGCCCCAGCACUGGCCCCAUGGGGAAUGAGGGGAGGGCAGUGGAGCAGGAAGCAAUUCUCCACUUAGUAAUGCUGACCUGGCUGAAGCUCCCUGCUCACAAUCCAGCAUCUGCUCACCUAGGCCAGGUUUUGGUGAUGGCCCCAGGCCUCGCUGCAUUUGUUGCUAUGCCCCUUGAGCCCUGGCUCCCUCAAAGUGCCACCCCCCAGCAGCAGUUCAGGCACAACCCCAGUCAUAGCCAGACUGCUUGGAAAAAUGCAGCUCUGCGUACAGCAGCAUUAUUCGGUGCAGCAGCUCCAGUUCAAACCCUGGCAAGGGAUGGGUGCCUGCUGCUGCGGCCACACGCUGCUAAUGGGGAAUCAACGCCAAGGUGAAGCUGAGCUAUUCCCCGAGCAAGAGCACUGAGCCCAACUCCCGGCUGGAAGUCAGCGAUGCAGGGGCCCAGCCCGACACUGGACAAUUAAUGGCCAGCAACUCUGCUGAGCACAGAGCAGCUCUGCUGAGUGCCUCAGCCCCAAGAACACUUUUAGAUGAACAGGCAGGUGUCUGCUUGGAGGAAGGUUUCCUUACGCUUGGGUCAGGGGCUGAUGGAGGGCCAGCCGCACAGCAAGAGCUAGGGCUGGUUAGUGGCUGCUGUGAGAAGACCCCAUCACCCAGACACUCCCCAUGGCUUGGCUUUCACACCAUUCAGUAGCAGCAAGGUUCCUAAGAGCACAGACUGAUCCCAGGGCUGGAAGUCGUAGAUCUUACUUGCAAAACUCUGCUUUGGCUUUUGCUGCUGCCUGCAGGCCUCAAAGCUGCCCCAACCUGCUCCUGCUGCCUUCCUCUCCUUUCCUGGCCCCAGUGCUGUCCCCCUCCCUCAGUGCAGAUGCCCUUCAAUCCUGACUCUUUCCCUGUAAUCAGGACUUAACAGUUCUUGUCUCAUGAUUCCUCUAGUGCGAACCACCUGCAGCAUCGAGCUCACCCUUGGGCACGUGUCACACCCUGCCCCCAUCACUGAUCCCUGCUCUGCUACCUGCACUCCCUCGUGGCAGUGGAAACCCUAGUGCAGACAGGUGCUGGCACCCGUUUAAGCAAAGCAUCCAUUAGACCAGCUCAGAGCAGGCUACAGCCACUGCUCAAAACAGCAACGGCAGCCAGGGCCCCUCCCUCCCUCAUCCUGGAAAGCCAGGACUCCAACGGUGCUGGGGGGCAGUACUCAGCCCCCUCUUGGCAAGUUACCACAUUGAGACAGUGAAAGGCAAAGGAGCCCCCUUCCCCCGCCCUAGCUCAGCAAGACCAGCGCUAGUCUCUGAACACACAUGUGCAUUGUUGCCUCUCAGAACCACUGCCUGGCCAAACUCCUUGGGGGCAAGCAGAGGGUGAUGUUUCCACAGCAAACCCCCACGCCUGGGGCUGGAGGGGGCCAGUUUUAGCAGACAGCACUGCAUGUUAGUUUACAAACCCAGCUCUGCCCCGGCACGUUUGGCCUCUGUGAGUGUGCAGCUCCCUCUGGAGCACCCUUCCACUGUUCCGUCUUGGGAAAGACACAGUGUGCUGUGGUAGAAACCUGAGUCUCUUUCUGGCACAUGUGGAGACAGUUCAGGGUUUUCAGGGCAGGCAGGAAGGUCUUGACCCAUGAGGCUUGUUUUACAGAGAGCCCUCGUAUGCAGCUGCAAGGAUGAGCACAGCCCCUCCACCUCCAUCAGAGCAGAGCAGGCUCUUUGUGCAAGGCUCGGGCCCCUGCUCAGGGAACUACUCUAGCCAGAGCAGAGGAAAGGUCAUCAGUUCCUCAGAAGUUAAAAUGGGGGCAACCUCCAUUCCCCAGCCCCCUUCCAGCAGUUCACUACCUGGCCUCCCAGUGCAAGCUGGUGGGUUAUGCGCAGUCCAGGUAUUCCCUGGUACAGGUUACAAACCAUUUGAGAGCGUGUUUACAGAUGUAGGCAGAGGCUGCACUGGGCAACGGUGUUCAUAGUCACAUGAACAGCAGGAAGGAUGGAUACUGCUUAGGGUACAACAGUUGCACUACAAGAGUCAAGACUCUCCGCUGUAUGGCAGCACUGACACGUCGUAGUGGAAGGAUCCAGAGGUCUGAGGUUUUGUUGGUUGCAAAACACUUUUCUGUGCUACAUGUGCAAUAUAUUUGUUAUGAAUGUUACCACAACAAAGUCAAUUCAUUAAAUAAACUUUAUAGUCACUGUACCUAGAUGUUUUACAUCCAUUCCAAUGACUUUUAUUCUGAGUGCAAUAUUUCAAUAGACAUGUAGUGACCUAGUAUGCUUUGUGUUUUAAAGAAUCUCUGUGCAGAGCAAUGCAAAGACGUUUAAAUGGUGUAAAUAAAAUAGGUUGCAAACCAAAAGAAGAGGAAUAGGCUUGCAUUUAAUUUCUAUGCGAGUGUUUCAGUAUUCUGUAUUGGGCCUCCUCAAUAUCACCCCCCUGUGUUCGCUGUGGAUAUUAACAGAGGAGUGACUCCUCACUUGUUGAAUGCUCCUGUUAAUGCUUUACAGCUUUUAUUGUAUUAAUUUUUUAGACUCCUGUCUGCACAAAAUGCAAUAAAGUGAUUUGACUGCACCCUUCA